CGACAAGUAGCGACACGGUGGAGCAGGAUUUUUUCACACCGACAUCUACAACUCCACAACUGUAUGGACAAGCAGCUCAAGAAACCGAAGCCCGCUCCAAGGUGUACUAUUUUUUUAACGACUGCAUUGUUAUUCAACAGCUUUAUCAACUUCCACACCAAUCAGCUGCGCCUUGUGUCCUGCAGCAGCAAUCUUUUCGCUGGUGGGCGGGG